UAGACUACGGUCCACUCUCUUCUCUCGGCUCCGUGGCAUUUUGGAGCACAGGCUGUCUGCUGCUGCUGCUUUUAUACUAAACUCACAGCUGUAAGCACAGGCAGGAAUGGACAAAGACGGAAUUAUGUGAUCAUUGCAUGGCUUUACCCAGGACAAAUGUAUGAAGACAGUUAUAGGUUGGAGCCGAGAAACAAGACCUUCACAGUAAAAUGACACUUCCAGACCUCUGAGAUGAUGUGCAGACGCACAUUGUAAGUAAUGUGAUCAGAGGGGAAAGGGAAUGCAGACUUGCCAGCUAUAGCUUGUAUGCUAGCGUGAUGCCCAGGCGGGGGUUGACGCUUCAGGGCCGGUUCCGCUGGCUCUUUCUUGGCCUCUUCCUGCUGCUGGUGCUGCUGCUGUUCGCGUACCUGCUGGAGUGCACCCCUCCAGCAGACGUCAGCCUGGCCCUGCCCGGCCUAGCAGGGGAGAGCUACGGGAAGGACUACUACCAGGCCCUGAUGCAGGAACAGGAGGAGCGCCACCUGAGCCGUGCCACCAGUCUCAAGCGCCAGAUCGCCCAGCUCAAGCAGGAGCUGCAGGAGAUGGGCGAGAAGCUAAAGCUCCUGCAGGACAGGAAGGAGCCGCCUGGGGUGCAGGGCCUGGCCGAGACGAAAGACCAAGAGCCGGGAGAUCUGCUGGAGUACCUGCAUUCUCAGAUCGACAAGGCUGAGGUGAACACAGGCGCACGCCUCCCCAGCGAGUACGCCCUGGUGCCCUUUGAGAGUUUCACUACGUCCAAGGUGUACCAGCUGGAGAUGGGGCUGACGCGGCACCCGGAGGAGAAACCUGUGCGCAAAGACCGCAGGGACGAGCUGGUGGAGGUCAUGGAGGCGGCGCUGGACAUCAUCAACAACCCCGAUGAGGAGGACGGUGUCGAGGAAGACAUGCCGAUGCAGAGACAAACCUACACAGAGGGUCACUUUACUGAAGGACUGUACAGGACAGAGCGAGACAAAGGGACUCUUUACGAGCUCUUCUUUGCCAAAGAGGAAUCCAGCAGCUUCCGCCAUGUCACGCUCUUCAGGCCUUUUGGUCCCUUAAUGAAAGUCAGGAGCACAGCCGUAGAAACAUCAGGAAUGAUUAUCAACAUCAUUGUGCCGCUGGCAGGCAGAGUAGAAACGUUCUCACAGUUCUUACACAACUUCAGGGAGGUGUGCAUACAGCAGGACAGACGAGUACAUCUCACGGUGGUUUAUUUUGGGCCGGAAGGUCUGCCGGAGGUGAAGUCGUCUUUGGAAAAAAUGUCAAGGGAGGAGAGCUUCUCCAACUACACUCUGAUCCCAGUGGACGAGGAGUUCUCCCGAGGCCGCGGUCUGGACGUCGGAGCCCACGCCUGGAAGAAAGGCGACGUCUUAAUGUUUUUUUGUGAUGUUGACAUCCAUUUCACACUUGAGUUCCUGAGCACCUGUCGUCUCCACGCCGCUCCAAAUAAGAAAGUCUUCUAUCCAGUGGUGUUCAGUCUGUACAAUCCUGCAAUAGUCUACGGGAAUCUGGAGCUGGCUCCACCGACUGAACUCCAGCUGAUUCACAAAAAAGAUGCUGGAUUCUGGAGAGAUUUUGGCUUCGGAAUGACGUGUCAGUAUCGCUCCGAUUUCCUAAAUAUUGGUGGGUUCGACCUGGAAGUCAAAGGCUGGGGUGUGGAAGACGUCCACUUGUACAGGAAGUAUCUCCGGAGCGACGUGAUAGUGAUUCGGACGCCCGUUUCCGGUCUUUUCCACCUGUGGCACGAGAAGCAGUGCGCCGACGAGCUGACGCCGGAGCAGUACCGCAUGUGCAUCCAGUCCAAAGCCAUGAACGAGGCCUCCCACUCGCACCUGGGCAUGCUGGUCUUCCGGGACGAGAUCGAGGCUCACCUCCGCAAGCAGGCCUUCAAGACCCAGACCAAAACAGAGGACUGAACAAAGCCUCUCCAUUCCCAUCACCAUUCCAGCAUUAAGACUGUGAGACAAUACUAAUCGCACUACAGCAAAGGCCUGUUUACAUGGAUCCUUCUGCAUUUCACCGCACAGCUGUAGACAAAUGAAUGUACAAAGACAGACGUGAAUCAAUGUGAAAGCUAACAACGCGGUAAAACAGCGUUAUCACACACAGGUACACAAUCGGCUGGCUAAUGUUGAACUUGCUGGAUGAGAACUAAUAUGUAAUAUAUUAGGUUGCCGUUGUAUUUUAUGCCGUUAUGAUCUUGGGGAAACACAACUUCUCGCUAAGCCAUCCUACCUGCUUCAAACACGGCACCUGAUUUUCAACCAGUCUCUUCACCGUUAUCACCUUCUGCUGAAUGUCACCUCAGCCAGUAGAUUUCAGCCCCCCCCCCCUAAAAAAUAAUAUCAAACAAGAUCAAAAACUACCAGCUGCUGAUGUGUAGAGUGGAAGAAAGAAUGCAGUUACAAAAGGGUAAGAAGUCCAACUUUACAACUAUUUAUUUACGGUUGCCAAAAGGAAAAAGACGAAGUUGCACUUUGUUAAAAUGGAGGUUAGAAAACACAAGUUGACCCCACAAGCAGAACAUUUCUACAAGUUGAGCAUCAAAGCAAAUUACAGUCUUUGCCACUCCAGUUACUGGCGGUUGUGUAUGGAGUCGAUCUGUUAAUAUUAUAUUUAUAGGUUGUUUCAGACUGGCGAUUUGUUUAAAAAAAGGGAACUUAUUUUGUGCGUUUUAUGAGUCACUCGAUCUUCCUUUGCUGAAGACGGCUUCUAAGUGACCGGUUUAACAGAGAAGCAUGAUUUACUAAAGAGCCAGGAGCAAAGAUGAGCUUAUAGCAUGCAGCGCUAUGAUAUCAGGUCUGUGUGGACCAGUAUGACCGUCUAAAUAACUAACACUCGUCCUCACAACGCUAUCAUUCCUAAUACUGGACUGAGUUUGAAUGUUACAGGUACUCUUGUAAAUACUUUUCUAAUAUUUUUUUGUUCUUGUGAGUUGUACAUGACUACCUGCUUGAAAUGACAUGAAAUGUUAUUCCAUCUCAUGAGGUUAGAGAGGCGUGAUGUUAAUGACAACAGCUGUCAAAACCUGACAUAGAGCAGGCAGGAAGUGCUUUAUUCUCCUCACAAUGAAAGCUUAUUCAUCUCAUCCUGUAUUCUUUUUAAUUCAUGUUUUGCUAAUAUUACAGCUUUUUGUCAAUAUGUUUUCCUCGCCCCUGCAGGAGGAAUGUUACACGUCUUCCUCUCAGCACUACACAACCAUUCGAACAAAGAACAUGUGCAAGGAAAUGAUUUAUUUUGAAAAUGUUGGCCAUUAAAUAAAACGUACAGAAGGCUGCAUUAACUGCUGAUGAGUCAUUUCUGCUGUUUGCAUUUGCUUUGAUGAUACACAUCGAGUACACU